CAUAAAUCAUAACGCAGUAUAUGUAAUGCUGUUUAAAACAAAAUAUUGUUUCUCUUUUGCUCGAUGAAGGUUAAUCCAAGACAUGCACACAGGUAACCUAGUGAACCGUUAUCCAUGCGCAUGCACAUAUUGUUCAGUAAACGAAUAGAUGAAGAUAAAUGCGAUUAAAACAUAUACGCAUACUUCCAAAAUGUGAAUAGCAAGAUCAGAUGUUGUUCUAGUAACUCGCCCCAGCUCAGGCAGGGUUGAGCUAAUUGUAGCCUAAUCCUGCCCCGGGGCGUUUGGAGAGCCUUGAGCAAGAAUUCUUGUUCAGCUGUCCUCUGUUAUUCGGGCUGGAACGCAGACAGAGCCUUCAACGCACUCUCACGCUUCAACAAAAAAAAAAAAAAAAAAAAGGAGCAAGAAAGAAAAAAAGCGAGGCUAAGACACGCCACGAUCGAUCUCAUGUUUUAAAGAGGGCUGAAGAUACAUUUACAGCUAUGUCUUCCAAGGAGGGAAGGAGCAUGUCUCGGCUGUCUUUGACCCGGUCCCCAGUGUCUCCUCUGGCCUCUCAGGGAAUCCCACUGCCGGCUCAGCUGACUAAAGCGAACGCUCCAGUCCACAUUGAUGUAGGCGGGCACAUGUACACCAGCAGUCUGGCCACCCUCACCAAAUACCCAGACUCCAGAAUCAGUCGUCUGUUCAACGGCACAGAACCGAUUGUUUUGGACAGUCUGAAGCAGCAUUAUUUUAUCGACAGAGACGGAGAGAUAUUCCGCUUUAUCCUGAGCUACCUGAGAACCAGCAAACUGCUUCUCCCUGACGACUUCAAGGAGUUCCAGCUGCUGUACGAGGAGGCUCGGUAUUACCAGAUGACGCCCAUGGUGAAAGAGCUGGAGCGCUGGAAACAGGACCGGGAGCAGCGGCGGACAGCUCAGCCCUGCGAGUGCCUGGUGGUGCGGGUGACCCCUGACCUGGGCGAGAGGAUUGCCAUCAGUGGGGACAAGGCCCUCAUAGAGGAGAUUUUCCCAGAGACAGGGGAUGUCAUGUGCAAUUCAGUAAACGCCGGAUGGAACCAGGACCCAACCCACGUAAUUCGCUUUCCCCUGAAUGGCUACUGCAGACUCAACUCUGUGCAGGUUCUGGAGAGACUGUUCCAGAAAGGCUUCAGCAUGGUGGCGUCGUGCGGCGGGGGGGUGGACUCCUCCCAGUUCAGCGAAUACAUCCUGAGUCGGGAAGACAGACGGUGUCAGACGAGCCACACACCCAUCAGGAUAAAACAGGAGCCUCUGGACUAGCCGGCUCUUGCGUCAACCACAAACACCUCAGUCUGCUGUCAAAAGAAAAAAAAUGCCAGUGGACAAAUAGAAGACUUAAUUUGCAAGAAGAGUUUACCUCUCUUCGGACUCCAAGAGGACUGAAAUCUUAAUGUAUGAGUAAUUUUAUCAAUGACCCCAAAUCUGCCCAAGAAGAUGUUUUACAAACCCAAGCGAGUCACUGGAUGGCUUUUCAACUAUUGACCUCCAGUUGAACUUUUUAGCCAUUUCUUUGGCUCGAGUCAUGAAAAAUGCAUUCGGUCGUCUGUAUUUCCACUGUACAGAUCCAUAACAUAAGUUCACAGUUGUAUGUGCGUAAAAGAGCGAAAAGAGGAACUCUACAAGGAAGCUGCGUUUAUGACGAGCGCACCUUCCUGCUAGAACACUUCCAAAUGAUGCAGCAGUCUGAUCUCCAAGCUCCCGGGCGAAAUUAACCACAAAAUACAAAGUCUGUCCUCUGAUCCAUUUUUAAUCUAGAUAUCUAAUGUUCUCAUUUCCCAGUCUCAUCCAUGUAAAUCAGUUCUUUUAUGACCUACAGGUUUAUUGCUGUUGUCUCACUACAUGAAGGAUACGAGAGCAGUCCUCAGAAGUCAUUUGGUUGUAAGUGCGGUCUGGAGUUGGCCGCACUGACGCUUUGACUUGAGGCUACAUGGCGGCUAAAGCAGACGAUCUGGUAAUGCAUUCAGUGCUGGGCAGAGAGGCUUUUUGUUUGAGCAUGUCUAAAGGAAAACGUGGACUCGUGGGAGAGCUUUUCUGAUGGCAUUGCUAAAUCCUACUUUCUUUUGGGUGCCCGUUUUCUUCAAAACUAGUCGUUUCGGAAAGUUCGUUAUACGUAAUUGCUUUGAGUAAACGGUUAAAAAGUAAUGAUCUUUUGUAGAUUCAAUGCCCUAUGUGUCCAAAAUAACAUCUUGUUUGAUUAAGGCACCUUUGUAAAAAUGAUUCAGGUUGUUAACGAAUGCAGCACUUUCAGGGGGCGAUACUCGGACCGCUUGAGAAGAGGGGAAUUACUGUGCCCCUAACGCCUAGAGACAGAAGGGACUUUCCAGAAGUUAAGGUCACUUUCCCACAAUCCCUUUUACUCACUCUCCCUUAGCAAAACAUCGCAAUCAGAGCCACUUGGAGAAAGACUGAGGGAGAAUAAACUUGAAAGGUUAACUUCGUGGCUGGUAAACAGACUGAAUUGCAUAAUGUGUUGUAAAAAGGCACAUUUAAUAAGAGUUAUUUGCCUCGCCAUUUCAAAAAGGAGGGUCACUGAAAUGUCACAGUUAUGUUGUUAUGCUAAGUGUCGUCUUAACUGGCCAGGAUUUCAUUUAUGCUACGUCUUCAGAUUUCCUUGAUUUGUUGUACAUUGUACAUAAAGGCUUAUGGACGCUUCGCAGGCCCCUCUGAAUGCAACUUGUCAUCUCGCUGCCCUGCAACGGCCGUUCGGUUUCCGAAUUCAAGGACAAGAACAUUAAAAAGACAAUUAUUAGAGAAGCCAUGUCGAACAUUACAUAAAUCUUAAUUGCAAAAAUCCGGCUCUAAUGGAUGUUGUGUCGAGAUGUAUAUUGCAGUAUGGUCCAAAUGUAUAUUAUUUAAAUAAAACAUUUUUUGUAAUGGAUAAUUAUUGAUAUGAAUCAUAGUGGUAUGUCAGGCAUGUGUUUAUUUGAAUUGUCACAUUCUUUUUGUAAUUGGUGUUGAUAAACGGACUUUUAAUAAAUUGCUGGAGUUCUUUCCCUAUUUUAAAACCA